UGCGAGCAGCUUUGUGGAAAGCCUUCCCAGAAGAGUUGAAGCCGUUAUAGCUGCAAAAGGUGGACCAACCUCAUAUUUCAUUUAUGGAUUAAGAAUGGGAUGUCACUUAAAUUCAUAUGAGUCAAGGCAGGUCUUAUAGCCAUGAUAGGCUUCUAUGUUGCAGUCCUGGCAACAGGAAUAUGGGCUUCCAAAAAAGCCAAAGCAAAAACCACCUCUGGAACUGUCACAGAAGUGGUUAUGCUAGGGGAACGCUCCAUUAAUCUGGCUAUUGGGAUUUUCACAAUGACAGCUUCCUGGGUUGGAGGAGGUUACAUACUUGGUACAGCAGAAGCUGUCUAUAACCCAAACAAGGGACUGAUCUGGGCACAGAUGCCACUGCAGUAUGCACUAGCAUAUAUUGUGGGUGGUUUAUUCUUUGCUAAGCCAAUGAGAGAGAGGAAGUAUGUGACUGUGAUAGACCCAUUUCAAAUCAGAUAUGGCAAAAUUAUGACUGUUCUAAUGGUCAUCCCUGCCCUCGUUGGGGACAUGUUUAAUUUGGCAUGUUCUCUCACAGCUCUGGGUGGAAUGGUUAGCACCAUUAUUGGUCUCCAACAUGUCUACUCUGUGAUGAUAUCUGCAGCUGUAGCAAUCAUCUACACUCUCCUUGGGGGGCUGUAUUCUGUGGCUUACACUGAUGUCAUCCAGUUAAUUUUCAUCUUCAUUGGUCUGUGGCUCUGUGUGCCAUUCCUCUUCUUGAGUCCCAUCCCUCUUGACAUCAGCAUCACAGCCUUCAAUAACACCUACCAGCCACCAUGGAUAGGUCAGCUUAAGACCCGGGACAUCCCAGUUUGGUUGGAUGAGUUUCUCACAUUAGGCUUGGGAGCCAUGUCUUUCCAGAGUUUUCAACAAAGGAACCUGUCUUCAGUUUCACCAGCCAAAGCACAGAUCACAUGUUUUGCUGCUGCAGUGUUGAGCGUAAUUGUGUCAGUUCCAUCCACACUGAUAGGAGCAGUGGCUGCAUCUACAGACUGGAAUCAGACUGAUUAUGGAACCCCAUCUCCAUACGAACGCAACGAAGCACAUAAAAUCCUUCCCCUUUCCUUGGAGAAUCUUGCUCCCUCCUAUGUCUCCAUCAUAGGGAUUGGAGCGAUAACAGCAGCUGCCAUGUCCUCUAUAGAUUCAUUCCUCCUCUCAGUUGCUUGUAUGUUCACCUCAAACCUUUACAAGAACAUCAUCAGAAAAAAGGCAUCAGACAAGGAGCUGCAGUUGGUGAUCCGAAUAACUGUAGUUGUAGCUGGUUCGAUUGGCAUAGCACUGACUUUCAUUGAAAACAGCAUUGUGUUCUUUUGGAUCCUAAGUGCAGACAUGGCCUAUUGCAUUGUUUUUCCUCAGUUGAUUUGUGUGCUUUUCAGUGAAAUCUCCAAUACUUAUGGGGCUGUUGUUGGGUUUGUCUUAAGCCUGCUUUUGAGGUUGUUGAGUGGGGAGCCCCUAAUCGGCCUUCCGUCAGUUAUCUGCUUUCCGGGAGGUGAAAUAAUUGAUGAUGUGUACAUCCAGCCAGUCCCUGUCCGAACAGUAGUUGCACUCUGUGCGUUUCUUUGCAUUCUAUUGUUCUCUUACAUCUUUGCCUCCCUCUUUCGCCGUGGGAUACUGCCAAAAAGGUGGGAUGUAUUUGGUAUCACCAAAAUCACAGUUCCAACAUUGGACAACCAAAAUAGUGUACCAAUAUCAUUAAAUGAUGCUGACGGAGAGAGCUUGAUGAUGUCAUCAGAUGUCACCAAGAGUUAAUGGAAAACAGAAUACAAUUCAAACGAAAACCAAGUUCAGUUGAAUCAGGAAUAUUUUAUCCAGCGGACAAUAGCCUACAUUAUCCCUUAAGCCUCAUUUUUAUUUCAAAAUUAAAUGUGGAAUGUAGAUAUGUAGAUGAUUUGUAAGUGAAACUGAUUGAAAACGGUUUCUGUUUAACACAUAAACACACAUAUCCAGGAAAAGGAAGUAAUUUAUCUUUCCUAAGUUUCAUAUAGGGGAGAGCCGGGUCGAUUGAAACGCGGGACGAAAGUAACACAGCGAUUUCCUCGAAAACCAUGCACAUCUGAAAUGUCAUAUGUCGUCAGUUUGUUCAACACACAAGACUUGCCAACCACGGAAAAUCUCGUGCCAUGACGUCAUCGAAUUCUAACGUUAUCCCCGCAAACCUGUUUUUGACACCGGCAAGUAAAAUCUUAUGUGCGGUAAUUUUUUUGUGAUCACAACUAGUGUUUAUUGUUUCAUGCAAUGAUCACAUGACCAUACGAGAGAUGAAUCAUUACUUAAACAUGUCUGAAGGUGUUAAAUGUCAGCAUUUUGAGGUUUAGAAGCAAAAUAUGUUUAAGUGUUAGUUAGCACUGUCGGGACGAUUGAAACAGUUGUUUCAA